AAAAUCAUUCCGAGACAGGCGUGACUUCGAAUGCGAGAAAACAGGAAGAGGUGUGUGCUUGUGCAGCCUACUGUCUGUCUGUCUUUGGGUUAGGUUACAAUUUACCCUUUCAGGGGAAAAUGGCGAUAGGAAAUACAAUAGCGUAGAUUCCCAGUAUUAGAAUUUCCAGAAAUUAAACGAAGUGCAGUGGUUGUUGCUGAGUCAGAAUGGGAAACAACAGCAGCAGUGGUGAGCGGGCCAGUGCAGGUCAGGGUGAGAGGCCCUAUCAGCGUGAUGAUGGACAAGGUGCCAAGGAUGGCGCACUGCCCAAGAUUCUCAUGGACAGCACAGAUGAUGCUGACCUGUUUAACCCCCGAGAGGCUAAAAACGCUCCUCAGGAGAUCCAGGAGUUUCUAGCCUGGCAGCGGGACCUUGAGAGUGACAGUAAAUGUCCCAGUCAGGCCAAGCCCACUGUGUUCCGUUGGACAGGCGCUGGCAAAGAGAUCUUUGUGUCUGGAUCAUUCAACAACUGGACCACCAAGAUUCCCCUCAACAAAAGCCAGAACAACUUUGCAGCGGUUGUGGACUUGCCUGAGGGAGAGCACCAGUAUAAGUUCUGUGUAGAUGGACAGUGGACCCUUGACCCGACAGGGGCUGUGUUGACGACCAAAACUGGCACUGUCAAUAAUGUCAUUCAGGUGAAGAGGACUGACUUUGAGGUGUUUGAUGCCCUCAUGAUUGAUUCUCAGGAAUGUGCAGACAUGUCAGACCUCUCGAGUUCCCCUCCGGGACCCUACCAGCAGGACCCAUACUUAACCAAGACGAGCGACAAGCUCAAGAACCCCCCCAUCCUGCCACCACACUUGCUGCAAGUCCUACUCAAUAAGGACACUGGCGUGUCUUGUGACCCAGCCCUUCUUCCAGAGCCCAACCAUGUGAUGCUCAACCAUCUCUAUGCCCUCUCCAUCAAGGAUGGGGUGAUGGUUCUUAGCGCAACCCACCGCUACAAAAAGAAGUAUGUGACCACACUUCUGUACAAGCCGAUCUAAUCAUACCAUCAUGUGCUUCCUGCCUAGAAACAUUUCAAAUCUAUUCUUGUAUAAUUCUGUUUUUUAUAUCGAUGAUUAAACUUCUCUCUAUCUCA